AUGUCACAACUGCUGCUGCUCAUGCUUCCCGACCGCCAGACCCAGGCGUUGGUGCAGCUGGCGCGGGUCCACAACCUUCUGCCCAGCUUUCUGCUGGUCAUGGUCGGCGCGUGGGCCGGCAGCGGCCGCGACCUGGCCGCGCUCAGGGCCCCGGGGGUGUGGCUGAUGUCGCUGCUGUCGGGCGGCAUCGCCGUGUCAUCGUGCGUGUUCAAUGACUACUUUGACGUGCAGGUGGACCGCGCCAACGCGCCCCACAAGCCGCUGGCGUCCGGCGUGCUGCCGCUUGACAUUGCGCUGCUGCUGUCGAGCAGCGUGUACUGCGCGGUGCUCAUCACGGCUUGCUUCAUGGAGCCGAGCCAGCUGCGCAGCAUCAUUGCGCUGUCGGCCGGCGCCACGCUGCUCUACACGCCAGUGUUCAAGAAGUUGACGGCCAUCAAGAACGCCACCGUGGCGGUCGUGAUAGCCCUCGCACCCCUGGGAGGCGCGCUCGCAGCCGGCGCGGGGGAGGCUGGCGUCAUGCGCCUGCUGCCGGCGACGCUCUUUGCCUUCAGCGGGGUCAUGUUCAGGGAGAUCGUUAUGGACCUCACUGAUCUGGAGGGCGACAGGGCCGCGGGCAUCAAGACGCUCCCCGUCAUGAUAGGCCAGCGCGGCGCGCUGCUCGCCGCCACGUGCUGCGUCCUCGCUGGCGCCGCCGCCGCGCUCGCCUCUGCCACGGCCGCCUGGGGCCCGCGGGCCGCCGCGGCCCGGGCCGCGGUGGUGGUGCUGGCAACCGCGCGGCUGGGGCAGUUGUCGUUUGGGAUUUUGAAAAGCGGGUUCGACAGGGCGGUGAUGGGUUCCGCGAUUGAGGAGAGCCUCAAGCCGGUGGGCCUGUGCCUCAUACUGCUGUCAGCGCUGGCGCCAUGA